AUGAAACUUCUCAACAUCGUUAGUUUCUGCACCCUGCUUGCAGCGGGAGCAGCUUGUGGCUGCGAGCAGUUCGCGCUCACCUUCACCGAGCGCGUGGCGCUGAUCUUCUACGAUCGCAGCGCCUACACUGCCAUCAUCACGGCUUUCGAAGACUUCGCCAGCACCCUUCCCGAUCCGUACGCCUAUGACGACGAGUUGUACGCGCAGAAGUUCAUCGAGAUCCUGAUCAGCUACGAGCAGGGAGGCUUCGCCACCAGCCUUCCGCCCACCCCGCCAACGGAUGCAGAGAACGAGGGCAAGUCCUACUGGAUCUUCGGACUUACCGCGUGCGUCAACGGUCUCUACAACGACUACGAAACGUACAGCGUCUACAUCCAAUCGUACUACGACGCUUGCGGCUUCGCCACCCUCGCCCCUAGCGAUGACACCACCGAGGCGCCGGCUACUGCUACUACCGCGCCGGCAAACAACACCUACAUGGGCAGCUGGAUGUUCCCAUUCGCACAACUCCGCGGCUGGACCUGGGAGUCGCAGACGUGGCAGACCCUCUACAGCUGCUACAGCUUUGACACCACCGGAAUGACCGAAACCGACAUUACGGCUGCCACUACGCAGUGCACUCAGCUUACGGCCUACUACUGCGAGAACCCGCAACAGAUCCCGGCCGAACCUGAAGAGCUUAACGACCAGGUCGGCGUCUCCGAAUUCUACUACCUUAUCGGCUACAUCUUCUCCUCGUACGAGUACCGCCUCAGCUUCGCCUCCUCCUUCUACUACUACAUGAGCUCAUGUGCCUCCGGACCAGUGGAACUUCAGUGGCUCCAGGUCAUCAAGGAUGCAUGCGAGAUCAAAGCCGGACAAUCCGCCGAGUGCACCGAUUCCGGUUUUGAUGCGGACGCCAAAGCAAUCGAAGCCUGUGUCCAACUGAUCCAGCAGCUGAUCGCUGAAGGCAGCGUCGAGAUCCUGCAGUUCAUCGGCUACUACAUGGAAACCACACUUGGAGUCGUGGUUACCCCGGAGACGGAGACGUUCAGCGGCACCGUCGAGCAGUACACGUAUCUGUUCGUGACGAUCGCCGAGUCGUGCGGAAUGGAGGCUGCCGGAUUCCAGGGAUGGAUUGACUUCAAAACCGAAUGGGACGCGUACUGCAGCGGAAAGGUCGACAUCGAAUGGAGCGUCUGCAUCACCUGGAUCGAGCAGUUCUUCCAGUGCUGCUGCGACUUCCAGCCGAUCCCGACCGCUCUUCCAUCUGAUGCGGCGAGAAGCUGCGGAGAGCUCAGCGCUGAGGAACAAUGCAAGUACAUCAUCAAUUACUUCUACUUUAUUGCCCAACUCUACAUUGACGUCGAAUGGCGCGCUACACUCAAUGGAUAUUGCACGACUUUCAAGGAGGAGAAGCCCGACUGCACUGGACCCGAAAAGGCUAAGGCCUUUGUUGACCAGACAAGCAAGUGCCGUCGCGACAAGCAUGGAGGUAGCGGAAGUGGCAGCGGAAGUAAAGAGGACGGUGAAGGCUCUUCGGAGACUACUGGCGCCGCAUCUGCCGCUCCUACUGACGCGGUCACCGCCGCUGUUACUGACUUCACUGCCUUGGUCACCGAUGGACCUGCCCCGUCUGGAUCUACUGAGGAGUGCUCCUGGGAACUCUUCAUCGACUUCAGCAUCGAGAUCUGGCUCAACGGAAACUGGGACCUCCUCCUCGUCGGCGCCAACACCAUGUGUGAGACUGACGAUGGAACUGAUGCCACUGCUGUUGUGCCCACCGGAUCAGGAAACGGAUCCGGAUCCGGAUCCGGAGAGGAUGAGUGCGCUCAGAUCGAGGGUCCGACCGGCAUCUUCUUCUUCUUCGAGAUCAUCGCCAUCGAGUGCGGUUUCUACGAGACGGCCUGGUACUCCGAAUGGAUCUUGAAGUUCGAGGCGCUGUGGUACCAGCUCGACUGGGAUUGCGGAUGCUGGGGAGAAUAUGAGUGGACUUGGGACAUUGAGUGGAUCUCCCUGAUCGAGGAGUUCCUCGGGUACAUGACCUGCGGAUGCGAGCCGACUACACCUCCGGAGCCGACCACGACCGAAACCGGAUGCUAUGGUAUCUACGACUUCAUCGCGUGGUUCUGCUCGGAUGAGUCGCGCUGCGAGCUCUAUGAGGCGUUCAUGACCUGGUACUUCGAUCUCUGCGGCUACACCCAAUGGGAGCUCCUCACCGAGGAAGAGUGCUACGACGCCAUCUACAUCUGCCUUCAGUACAUGAUCUACGUCGUUGAGAACCCCGACUGCGAGCCCAAGCCGGCCCCGGUCAACAACCCAUCCCUGCACAUCACCUGGGACACGUGCAUCUACACGAUGAUCUACUGGGGCAGCUUCGAGGGCAACGCCGAGUUCAUCACGAUGAUCAAUGAGGUCGCCAGCGAGUGCGAGGGUCUGGCCUCGAACGAGGGCAGCGGAUCAGGAUCGGGUGGUGGAUCUGGAGAAGGUGUCUCCGGCGAGGAGCCGUCCGAGCCUGGAGCGGACUACUGUGUGUUCAUCUGCAAGUACAUGGCCGUGACGUUUGGCUGCUGGGAGGAUGCUGAAUUCCAAUCGGAAUGGUCCAGCUUCAUGAUCGGCGUCUCCGUCGCCAAGUCGCAGUCGACCCCUGAAGAUUGCUGGGCCCAGCUGCAGAUGCUCAUCAACUACAUGACUCAGCUGAUCUGUGGUUGGGACGUCUCUGGCGUGACUGGCGCCACCGAUGCCAUCACCUCCGCCACCACGGCCUCCGCC